UCUUUCUUUUCAAUUUCACAAGAUUUUUAACCAGUGCCACAUCUGAUACAUCAUGUCUGCAUACGAUCCCAACCCCAUCAUUGGCGAAGAAAACACAAAGAUCGAUAAACUCGGCAAUACUAAGGUCGAAGAAGAUGAUACGGAUGAUUCUGGACCAAUGACAAGACAUCAGCUGCGUAACGAACAGCGGAAAGCUCAACUCGGUCUUGCAGCCUCCCCACCUGAUCGAAAGAGAGGUCCUGAUCGCGGCAUGCAAGAUAACUGGGUGCAAUCCCAAGGGAAUGAGAGCAACCUAGUAGCACAGGAAGAGCAAGAGCUGCCACCUGUGCAGGAUCGCCAAAGUGACUUUACUUACAACAACAACGAGAAAAAGACUAGACAAGGUUGGGGCGAUCUUAUUGACGCUCAAACCGCUGUAGACGAGUUCGAUCCCAAUGACCCUGCCUCUGAAGAACAACAGAACUCUACAGCCACAUCAAAUGCUGAUGAUAACAGCAUGUACAAGACCCUUGAUGAGUAUCACCCCGAAUCGCGUCUGCCUAAAGGACUUGGUCGUGUUGAACCGCGUGCUCCCAACUCUGUACGAAUCGAUUCGUCUCAAGAACCGAAGAAUGCCACACGCGUCCACGAGAGCAUGGAUGCCCGGUAGAUGGCACAAACUCGACAAGAACUUGUUGUACAUAGUAGCUUGAUGUGCUGUCGGCUUGUAUUCACAUCACACGUACAUACAUACAUUGGGCUUUUUGUCGAAUCUCUAAAUUCCAAUACUUUAAGCAGCUACAUUUGAGCAUUUCACUUUGUAAUCAACGAACGCUGUUCAGCAACGUCCACGACUUUCUCCUUGUGUGUUAUAUUGAAUUAGAAGGUGGAAGCAAGUUAGGCAUAAGGAGAUUAGGGUAUCACACACGUACACAAAAACCCAAAAAAAAAAAAACAAGUUUGGGUCACACAGUGUGUUGCUUAUAGAAUUUCAUUGCUUUCUGUUUAUUUCCAGUAAAACAACGAGAUAGAUAGCGGACCGGUAAACAACUGGUAGUGCCU